AUGACUUCGACACCGUCAACUGCGGUUCCUGAAGCGGUGAUCAAUAACCCCAAUCCCGUAUCUGACCAGGGGCCACCAUCCGGGCCAAGCCGGGGGAUACCAAACCUCAAAGACCGCAUCCCUAAACUCGAACCCCGGCGAAGGAAGCCCGAGCCGGCAAAUACAACCCCAGUGCCCGAGACGCCAGCCGCUCCGCCACGCCCCGACCCGACAACUCUCACCUUCAAAAUCCCCACCCGGAGGAUCGUCUCUCCUAAGGACCACCAACUCUUCCUCGCCUCCCAGACCUACAAUCUCAUCCUCUCCUUCAUCUUCGGCCUCUCAGAAUCCGUCGUCGACAGGUCCAUCUCCUCAGUCAAAGACGAAGAGCUCAGCGGCCCGGUCAAAGCCAUCCUCUCCAUCCUCGACGAGGUCGAAGCUCUCUGUCGAGAGUCGCCUCCUUCGGACCAAGGCGGUUCCCGCUUCGGAAACAAAACCUUCCGCGUCUUCCUCGACAAGAUCAAGUCCCGCUCGCCGCAAUGGCAGACCUCCCUCCUGGAGAACAGCUCUCCCUCCACGGCAGCCACGUCCGCCGCCGAACCCGAGCUGUCCGCCUACCUGAUGCAGUCCUUUGGCAACCGCAGGCGGAUCGACUACGGGUCUGGCCACGAGCUCAACUUCUUCAUGUGGCUGCUGUGCCUGUACCAGCUGGGGGUCCUCUCGCGGGGGGACUUCCCCGCGCUCGCGCUGCGCGUUUUCGCGCGGUACCUGGCGCUGAUGCGCACCGGGCAAAUGACGUACUACCUGGAGCCCGCGGGCUCCCACGGCGUGUGGGGGCUGGACGACUACCAGUUCCUGCCGUUCCUGUUCGGCGCCAGCCAGCUGGCCCACCACGCCUUCAUCACGCCCCGCGCCAUCCACCACGAGCUGACGCUCGAGGAGUUUGGGGACGAGUAUCUGUAUCUUGGUCAGGUGGCGUUUGUCAACAGCACCAAGACGGUCAAGGGCCUCCGCUGGCACAGCCCCAUGCUUGACGACAUUAGCGGGGCGAGGAAUUGGGUCAAGAUUGAGGGCGGGAUGCGCAGGAUGUUUGUGUCUGAGGUCUUGGGCAAGUUGCCGGUUAUGCAGCACUUCUUGUUUGGGAGUCUGAUUCCCGCCGCCGAGGGGAUGAGUGAGCCUGGGGAGAGCGGAGGGAGAGGGGAGGAGGAUGACGAUGAGGAUGAUGGUGGGGAGGUGGAGGUGUUUGAUGAUAAGGAAGGGGUGAGGCAUGUGCAUCAGGCCAGUGGGUGGGGGGAUUGUUGUGGGAUUAAGGUGCCGAGCAGCAUUGCUGCGGCUGAGGAGAUGCGGAAGAGAGGGGGUGGAGAGAGCCUGCGGAGGAUACCGUUUGACUGA